AUGGGUCCCUGUGCGGGCGGGCGAUGUCCGUCACUUGCCACGGGGACGGCGGGCGGGCCUGUCGUGGGUCCUGGUGCGGGCGGGCGAUGUCCCUCACUUGCCAUGGGACGGGCGGACUGGGCGGGCGAUGUCCGUCACUUGUCACGGGACGGGCGGGCCAGGCCUGCCGUGGGUCCCGGGGGCGGGGGCGGGUCGAUGUCCGGUCACUUGCCACGGGACGGGCGGGCCGGGCCUGCCAUGGGUCCCGCCCGGGGUGGGCGGGCGAUGUCCGUCACUUGCCACGGGACGGGCGGGCCGGGCCUGCCGUGGGUCCCGGUGUGGGCGGGAGAUGUCCGUCACUUGCCACGGGACGGGCGGGCCGGGCCUGCCGUGGGUCCCGGUGAGGGCGGGCGAUGUCCGUCACUUGCCACGGGACGGGCGGGCCGGGCCUGCCGUGGGUCCCGGGGCGGGCGGGCGAUGUCCGUCACUUGCCACGGGACGGGCGGGCCGGGCCUGCCGUGGGUCCCGGUGUGGGCGGGCGAUGUCCGUCACUUGCCACGGGACGGGCGGGCCGGGCCUGCCGUGGGUCCCGGUGAGGGCGGGCGAUGUCCGUCACUUGCCACGGGAUGGGCGGGCCGGGCCUGCCGUGGGUCCCGGUGCGGGGCGGGGCCCGAUGUCGCACUUUGCCACGGGCGGUCCGGGUCCGGGGCUGCCCGUGGGGUCACGGUUUGGGCGGGCGAUGUCCGUCACUUGCCACGGGCCGGGCGGGCCGGGCCUGCCGUGGGUCCCGGUGCGGGCGGGCGAUGUCCGUCACUUGCCACGGGACGGGCUGGCCGGGCCUGCCGUGGGUCCCGGUGUGGGCGGGCGAUGUCCGUCACUUGCCUCGGGACGGGCGGGCCGGGCCUGCCCUGGGUCCCGGUGAGGGCAGGUGAUGUCCGUCACUUGCCACGGGACGGGCGGGCCGGGCCUGCCGUGGGUCCCGGUGAGGGCGGGCGAUGUCCGUCACUUGCCACGGGACCGGCGGGCCGGGCCUGCCAUGGGUCCCGGUGA